AAUAGGCAAUUCUAAGCUGUUUGUUGUUGAUUUCGCUUUGAUUGUUGUUUUCUAAACAGUCCGAAGUUAAUGAAUAAUAAGUACAUAUCUUAAAUGUUUUCUUUCAUAAAUUAGUUUCCUUUUUAGCUAAAAAACUUGUCUUAUUUUCUUGCAAAGAUAAUGCUGAACAUUAUCAAUUUUAAAAAUUGCUAACAUUAUUUCGUUUUAUUACUCUGUGUUAAAAAACAAUCAAUUCAAUAUAACUUAUUAACUCUUUGAAACAAUAAUUUAUCUUGAUAAUGGAUAACUCAUCUGAUAGUUUAGAUAACGCUCCACCAGUUAAACGACUUAGAUUCGAUGAUGAUGUGCUACAUUCAGAUAGCUCAAAUUCAAAGGCCGAUGUUAGUAUUUCAUCUUUAAACGCCGAAGAAGGAAUGUCGAAACCCUCCCUUACUUCAAACCAAACUGAAGACGAUGAUUCCGGUGACGAUUCACCGAUUGAAGACCAGGAGCAAAGCAAUCCUUGCUCAAUUAUGCUGCCGGCACCACCUACAAAUAUCAGUACUGACGAACCUCAGUCAUCUCCUCUUCAUCCGGACGUUGACAGCGAUGACACUAAUCUUCCUCUAGAUUCACAACAAACUAAGACAAAAGAACAACUUGAAGAAGAAGAACGAGAAAGAAUGCAAGUCCUCGUUUCCAAUUUUUCUGAAGACCAACUUAAUAGGUAUGAAAUGUAUCGGCGGUCAGCUUUUCCUAAAGCUGCCAUAAAACGUUUAAUGCAGUCAAUAACAGGUUGCACUGUGUCACAGAAUGUGGUGAUUGCAGUUUCAGGUAUCGCAAAAGUUUUUGUUGGUGAGGUGGUGGAGGAAGCCCUUGAUGUUUCAGAAAGUAAUAGAGAUACUGGGCCGUUGCAGCCGAAACAUCUUCGUGAAGCUGUAAGGCGAUUAAGAACCAAAAAUGCUAUUCCGUGUAGUCGUCCAAAGCCUAAUAUGUUUUUUCGAUAGUUUCUGAAAAAAUAGUUGUUUAUUUUAUUCUUAUUACAUUUUUAAGGAUAUGUAUUACUUUUGUAAAUAUAUGCAAUGUAAAUAAUUUGUUA